GCUACGAGACAGUGAGAGAUCCGCUGCCCCACCGUCAGCAUCGACCCUCUCUCGCGCAUCUCGGCUGUUGGAAUCACUUCGGCACCGCUUGCACCCCCUCAACCGCAGUCUUGCAGAGGCGGAAGACUGUAUGGCGCUCCUAUGUUGCCAGUUCGGUAAUUACAAGCAAGCCAUGGAGCACUGCCAAGCGGCCUUGACG